GUAAAUUCUUCUUCUCCCUUCUUUUCCCUUCUUACACUAGACAAGCUAUAUCAAUUGCUAAACUAUUCAUCGUUAAACUAUUCAUAUCAUGUUAUCAAUUACCAGACGUUCAAUUGCCAGAACUUCUUUCGUCAGAAACUUCUCUACUGCCAGAAUCGCCAUGACCGAAGGUGCCAUCAACCAAACUGGUGACAAAUUCGCUGAAAAGGAAAGAGCCCAAGAAAACUUAUACAUUAAGAAGCACGAAGCUGAGCAAUUAAAGAAAUUGAAAGAAAGAUUACAACAACAAAAGGAAACCCUUGACCAAUUGGAAAAGGAUAUCAACGCUACCGCUAAUGGUAACAAGUCUGCCUAAACAGGUCCUGAAAGAGGAUAUACAAGGGAAAUGAUUUUGGGAAUCUAAUUAAAUAAUUUCUAAAAUCAUAAAGCAAACUCAUAACUUUAUUCAAUUCAUUUUUUUUUGUCAGAUAGUAGAGUUGAUGAAGUGUAUAUAUGAAAUGUUGAUUCUAAGGUUAUAAUUGAAUAACGAAGAAAUAUAUAGUAUUUUUUAAUAUAUGCAUUUUGUCACUUAUUUAAGUGUGCAAACAGAGUCAAUUGACUUAUACGUACCAUCGAAUAC